UUGGCGUAGGAUCGUCAGGAGUUGUAGGCUAGUUGGAAAUCUGUAUAGCAUUAACGUUUGUUUUGUUUUGUCUGGUUAUGUCGCAGGAAUUUGUUGUUUUGAAAGCUUGGAGUAAAUGAUAUUUAUAUCUGUGUAGCUGUUGCAUUUAUAUAUUUGUUGCAUUCAUAGAUAAAUAUGUGCUAAUAUUGUAUUCAGCAGCCCUUUAUCAAUUUAUUUAAAAGUCACAACUGAGCUAAUGCUUUUAAAAUGCAUAUAUAUUAUGUUUUUAUGAAAAUAAUCAGUCACCGUUUGGAAACGUGCACUAUCUUAUCAUCGUGAGCCAUGAACGAGGUAGCAGUGGUCGAUGGCGGUAUUCCAUCGACCGCCACCAUUGUCAAGGAAGGAUGGCUUCUGAAACGAGGGGAGCACAUAAAGAACUGGAGGGCCCGGUACUUCGUGCUGCGCGACGACGGCUCGUUGACGGGCUUCAAGAACAAGCCGGAGCACACGUUCUGCGACCCGCUCAACAACUUCACGGUGAAGGGCUGCCAGAUCAUGAGCACGGACCGGCCCAAGCCCUACACCUUCAUCAUCCGCGGCCUGCAGUGGACCACGGUCAUCGAGCGCAUGUUCUGCGUCGAGACCGAGCGGGAGAGGGAGGAGUGGGUGGCCGCCAUCCGCUACAUCUCGGACCGGCUGGACUCGCGCGACGUGGAGAUGCCCAGCGAGCCGGCCGGGGCGGGGGGCACCGACAUGGCGGCCAUCGAGCUGGGCGUCAAGUUCGCGGUGCAGGGCACCUCCAGCAGCAAGACCUCCGGCAAGAAGAAGGUGACGCUGGAGAACUUUGAGUUCCUGAAGGUGCUGGGCAAGGGCACGUUCGGCAAGGUGAUCCUGUGCCGCGAGAAGGCCACCGGCCACCUCUACGCCAUCAAGAUCCUCAAGAAGGAGGUGAUCAUCCAGAAGGACGAGGUGGCCCACACGCUGACAGAGAACCGCGUGCUCCGCACCACCAGCCACCCGUUCCUCAUCUCCCUCAAGUACUCGUUCCAGACGGCCGAUCGGCUGUGCUUCGUGAUGGAGUACGUGAACGGAGGGGAGUUGUUCUUCCACCUGUCCCGGGAGAGGGUGUUCUCCGAGGACCGGACCCGCUUCUACGGGGCCGAGAUCAUCUCCGCGCUGGGCUACCUCCACGAGGAGGGCAUCAUCUACCGCGACCUCAAGCUGGAGAACCUGUUGCUGGACAAGGACGGCCACAUCAAGAUCGCGGACUUCGGCCUGUGCAAGGAGGACAUCACCUACGGCCGCACCACCAAGACCUUCUGCGGCACGCCCGAGUACCUGGCGCCGGAGGUGUUGGAGGACAACGACUACGGCCGUGCGGUGGACUGGUGGGGCAUCGGGGUGGUCAUGUACGAGAUGAUGUGCGGCCGGCUGCCCUUCUACAACCGCGAUCACGACGUGCUCUUCACGCUCAUCCUCAUGGAGGACGUGAAGUUCCCGCGGACCAUCUCCAACGAGGCGAAGGAGCUGCUGGGGGGCCUGCUGGUGAAGAACCCCGCUAAGCGUCUGGGCGGCGGGCCCGACGACGCCAAGGAGAUCAUGGCGCACCCCUUCUUCAGCUCCAUCAACUGGACGGACCUGCAGCUGAAGAAGAUACCGCCGCCCUUCAAGCCACAGGUGACCUCGGACACGGACACCCGUUACUUCGAAUCAGAGUUCACGGGCGAAAGCGUGGAACUGACUCCACCUGAACACCCAGAGCACCUGAACAGCAUUGAGGAGGAGUUGGAGCAGAGCCAGCCGUACUUCCAGCAGUUCAGCUACCAGGACCUGGGCUCCACGCUCGGAAGCUCUGCCGCCUCGCUAGCCAACAGCGUAUCCAUGCACUGAUGGCCGUGGCUGAAGGCAAGCGGCGUUCUCGUCGAGUAGCAGAGCCAGCCGUACUUCCAGCAGUUCAGCUACCAGGACCUGGGCUCCACGCUGGGAAGCUCCGCCGCCUCGCUAGCCAACAGCGUAUCCAUGCACUGAUGGCCGUGGCUGUAGGCAAGCGGCGUUCUCGUCGAGUAGCAGAGCCAGCCGUACUUCCAGCAGUUCAGCUACCAGGACCUGGGCUCCACGCUGGGAAGCUCUGCCGCCUCGCUAGCCAACAGCGUAUCCAUGCACUGAUGGCCGUGGCUGUAGGCAAGCUGCGUUCUCGUCGAGUAGCAGAGCCAGCCGUACUUCCAGCAGUUCAGCUACCAGAACCUGGGCUCCACGCUGGGAAGCUCUGCCGCCUCGCUAGCCAACAGCAUAUCCAUGCACUGAUGGCCGUGGCUGUAGGCAAGCUGCGUUCUCGUCGAGUAGCAGACAGCCAGCCGUACUUCCAGCAGUUCAGCUACCAGGACCUGGGCUCCACGCUGGGAAGCUCCGCCGCCUCGCUAGCCAACAGCGUAUCCAUGCACUGAUGGCCGUGGCUGUAGGCAAGCUGCGUUCUCGUCGAGUAGCAGAGCCAGCCGUACUUCCAGUAGUUCAGCUACCAGGACCUGGGCUCCACGCUGGGAAGCUCCGCCGCCUCGCUAGCCAACAGCGUAUCCAUGCACUGAUGGCCGUGGCUGUAGGCAAGCGGCGUUCUCGUCGAGUAGCAGAGCCAGCCGUACUUCCAGCAGUUCAGCUACCAGGACCUGGGCUCCACGCUGGGAAGCUCCGCCGCCUCGCUAGCCAACAGCGUAUCCAUGCACUGAUGGCCGUGGCUGUAGGCAAGCGGCGUUCUCGUCGAGUAGCAGAUCCAGCCGUACUUCCAGCAGUUCAGCUACCAGGACCUGGGUUCCAGGCUGGGGUAUCCAUGCUCAUAUGGCUUCUCCUUUCGAGAGACUUUUCUGUGUUCAGGUUGGGGUCAUCUCUCCUUGCAGCUAGCUAGUUCUGUGGCUCAUUGUUUUCCUGCAUUAUGGAGCGAUGUCGAAGAUGCGGUAGUGUUAAUUUAGUAUUCUUGACGUUCUUGUUGGGGUAAACAAAUGCAAAUAUAUUUAGUUUUAAAGAGUAAUCAUUUUAUUUAUAAAGGAAAGUUUUUCUAAUUUGCCCCCUAAGAAAGUUGUGAAAAGCUAAUGUUGGUCACUGAAGCCCAGCUGUGUGGGAGUGGUGAGUAAACCAAAGUAGUGAGAAAUAUUGCAGUAGCAAAACUGCUAGGUAGCAAAUAAUCGUACACUUUAUUUUAUAUUGAGUGAUUAUUAUAUGUCUAUAACUGUGCAGUGGUUUAUUUAAUUCAUAUGGCAUUUUUGUAUGUAUAUUAAAUAAAUUAUUGCUUGUUUUUUUGUGUCAUGUGAUUUUUAUGAAAGAUUCAUGCAGAUAUGUAUUUGGAGGACUUCAAAAGCCAUAUUUAUAAAUAUAAAUGCUUUGUGCGAUUCACAUCUAAGUUUUAUUGCAUGAGUAAGGCGGUGCUUAAUGACAAUGAACGACUAUGUAUAAAUAUGUUACACAAUAUUUAUGUAUUUACUAGGGAGUGAUCAUGAGCUAUGUUACACAUAGGGUUUUGUUGUACUUGUAAACUGUAAAAAUGUUGGGUUGUGCGAAUGUUUAGUAGUGUUGUUCUUAUUAAAAAUCAGGAUCAUUCAAUUUUUGGUUUUGAUCUAUUCUCGUAAGACAGAGAUGAAUAUUCUGGAAUUUGUAUGAAAUCUUUGGACUAUUUGGGAGUCAAUUUCAUUACAUCCACCUGUUCUGUUGGAAAAGAUCGAGCAUAAGGCACCCUUAAGUGUAGGAUACACUCGAAGAUACACUACACACAAGACACACUGAAGUAUAAGAGACUUUCACUGUAAAAGACACACAAAGAAAAAGGGUGACCUUGACUGUCAAGUGACUUGUAAAUAAAACUAUUUCUUAAAUAUAAAGCACCUCCCAGUUAAAAAUGAUUUCAGAUGUAGUUAAAAAUUUAGCUGUGGCCAAGCUUUUGCAUUAAAUAAUUUUACCUCCCAUGUCAAUCUUCUGAAAUUUCAUGAUUUCAUAUUUUGUAUCUUAAAUAAAAUCUUUAUGAUUAACAAUGCUAUUUAAUUUCCUUUUGUUUAUAUAUAUAUAAAUAUAUUCUAUUUGUGUGUUUGAUGUGUUUACUUAGUAGAGAAUAUAGUGUAUUUAAGUUGAUAAUUGUUGUUCAUAUUAUUUCUUAUUUCAAAAGAAUAAGGGAAUUUCAUAGUUCUGUAAAUAAUUUUUAAUAUGUUCCAAAGCUUAACUUUGUGUACUUUUAAGAUGCAGCCACGUUGCGAGGUAGCGUGUGCCGACUUUCCAGUUUGUUUUGCAGCAGGCACCUUCAAGGUUAAGAAUGAACUUAAAACUGGGGUGUGGUAGGGCUCUAUAUACCCUUGACAGGGGUCUUCUUCAUGUGGCCAAUCAUGAGAGGCCACCUCCUAUUGGCUCAAGUGACAGCCAAUCAGAAGAGGACUCUGCAGCUAUUGGCUUCUGUGUCGGCCAAUCAUGUUUGGCCUAGUCUCAUUGGCUGUUUUUGGCCAAUCGCUAAUCAGAAUGUUAGGUUCUUGGGUUUUUUUUUUUUUUUUUUUUUUUACUGAAGUAUUGUUUUUGUUUGAAAAAAAAAACAAUAUUCGCACAACCCUUUAAAAAUUAUUAAAUUUUUUUUUAGAGCUGUGCUGAUUCGGACUGUAAGAGAAGCUGAUCAUGCUAAUACUAGGUAAUUUAGCUAUGUGUACUUGCACUUGGGCCGAUGCAACUCACUCUGCCUGUUACACUGUGUACAAGUAUCCUGUCAGUAAUUGGAAGAGUAACAUUCUUUAAUAGCUGUCUCCCUACUUUUUUUUUCAUAGUAAAGAUAUAAAAGUUAUUUUUUUGUAGAGCUUUAAAUAAAAUUAUGUGCAUAAUGUUAUUUUCUAUAAAGAAAGCAUCACCACCCUUGAAUUCCUGGUACUGUGAUAUGUUAAAAUUUUCAAUUAAAUAUUAUUCAUUCACCUUUGUUACUUGCGUAGAUAUUUACUUUUUUUUUUUGUAUAAUAAAAUAUUUAGUUUUUUUGUGGUAUUGCUUUUUCACAAAUGAAUAAAAUUAUUUUAUGUUCAAAAUAAUUUUUGAAUGAACAGCAUACUUGGAGAAACAGCUGUGAAAGUAAUAUUAUAUAUGUUUCCAUAAUUUUGAACACAAAAUUCAACUACCUAUAAACGGUAUCACUGUUGUUAUAUUUUGGUUAAAGUUAAAGCAAAUUCACACAUACACACACCCACCUACAGCAAGUAUAUAAUAAAUACCAAAUGUUAUUACCAGAAUUUCUUUAAGUAGUGAUGGGUCAAUCCAAUCCUCUAAUACCACUGAAUUGUAAGUAUUCAAAAGAUUUUAUUUUCAAGAAAAAAUAUUCUAAAUUCUAAGAAAAAAAUUCGAGGAAGGAAUUUUCAGAAAUUGAAACACACGAACUUUUUUUUCCCCCAGUUUGUUGAUUUUGAUCCAAAACUACUGGUUUUUUUUAACAAUGACCAUCCCAUUUAAUUUUGAAGUUGAUUAAAUUGGUGACAUUGAUACCAAAACAGUUAUUGUAGGCCCAAUAGUGUCUGAGAUACAGCUUUUCAAAUUUUUGCGAAUUUUUCAAGUUAAAUUAUUUUUAGUAAAAUAUACGUAGUCAUUUUCAGUAGAUCAAUGCUUUUCUGAAGGCCUAUUUUAUUGUUCCCACCCUCUCAAUAGACUCUGCUGGGGUCUCAGGGGACCCCAAAGUGACCCUCCCCAACACCCCCCAAACCACUUUAGCAAAAAAAAAUAAUUGCUUUUUAUUUACAUGUGUGGGAAUGUCAAAAAAUCAGAAGUAGUGACAAUUACUUAGUGUCUUUUGAUUCUUGGAAUGAUCAUUAGAAUUAUUAUAAUUUGUAUGUAUAAAAAAAGAGAUAUUGAAGUGAAAUACGUAGAUGGAAAGUAUAUGAAAAUCCAACAUUAAUUAAUUUAGAGGUUGUGAUUAUUUUAAUUCAAUUCUGCUCUCUUAUGUUGGACCUGGUUGGUCCAAAACGUCAUCCUCUGAGAUGACAGGAGGGUAUCAUCGAACCAUCCAUUGCGUAGAAUGUUCCAAACCCAUCCAGUGUGUUUACAUUAAAAUCAGCAUUGUCUAAUGCAAAUUGCUGGAAGGCUGACGUCUCCAAGCAGAGUUUUGUCUUGUCGCAGGAUGGCUGAGGGGGUUCGAGAAUUGAGGUACUAAAGCACAGGUUGCUGCAAAUCCUAAGUUGCACAUCAAAUCAAUCAGAAUUUUUGAUCCCAAAUUUGUGGUAAAGAUAAACUCUGACACCGUGCAAUAAGGAGGAUACGAAUGACCGAGGCCUCACUGCUGCUAUUAUUGCAUGUGCGAGAACAACGCACUUCUUCUUUCUGUGUGUAUCUAGGCAGUAUCCCUUGUGUUUAAGAAUUACUGUUUCCAGUGUUGGUCACAGAUAUUUUGGGGAUCACAGUUUUACAUCAAAAAAUAAGUUGUUUCAUUAGGUUUUGCACGAAUAUCCUCUCAUAUUACAUCAGCAGCUACCUUAACCACACGCAGUCUCUCUUGUUGAGGAUCUGAAUGUUUAUCAUUGUACCAAGCGGAUGUAAAAUUUUGUGUUCUGCGUGUGGUUUCCCCCCCCCCCCUCCCUCCCUUCUUCGAAGCAGUUUCUGCGAUUAUUAUAUCCUCUUCACACUUCUUAAAACAGAUGACUAUUGAUUGUUCAAUUAUCGGGCUUUUAAGCUUCUAUCUGUUAAGAGGUCAUCCAGAGAAAAAUUACAUUCUGAUUUCUCUUGAAGAUGUGAAAAAAUUUAUUCCAUGGCAUCCUCAAUCGUAGAGUCCUUGCGACCUCCCUCUUCACACCUUCUUGUGUUGGGGGCAAGUAGAGUUUCUUUUGGUAAAAUCGGUGAUAUCUCAAGUCUACUGCUACCAAUUUAUAAAUUAUGUUAUCACAGGAUUGUAUAUAGCCCACAUUGAAAAGUAGAUUCUUAGUUUCAAUGCAGUUUUGUAACGAACAAGUAAUUUUAUCCCACAGAUUUCACUUCUUGUUCCUAUAGCCAUUUAUUUACAAUUUUUAUUUAGCCAUUUAUUUUAUUUAUGCAGACAUUUUAUUAAAGCAAAUGGAUUGUGUGCCAGCACACCUCAUUAUGAUUACUUAUCUGAUUUAUUAGAUAAUUACCUGUAUUCCACUUAAACAUAAAUCUUUGAAAUGUCUUACAUAAUUUAUCGGCUAAUAACCUGUUCUUCCAUUAAAAUACAAUUCAGUGUAGCAUCUUAUCAUUUAUCUGAUAGUUACCAGUAUUUUCACCUAAAUAUAAAUCAGUGUAACUUCUGUAAAUGUCAAGACUUAAACCUCACAGUUGAAAACGCGUCACUUGUGUGGAUAAAACGCACAAACUGUCUUUCCCAUGCCUGCUUAUUAGUUUAUUGUAUGUUAUGUACAAAAUCAUCUGUUUCUACCCAUGAUUCAGUGUUCAAAAACAUCCACCCAAACUGUUUAUAGUAAAUCUAGCAUAAUGGAAAUAAAACUGCAUGUGUAUCGGCACAGCUCUGCUUCUUUGUAAAGAAAAAUGCUGUUACUUUUUUGACAUCACCUUAAGUUGUAUUUACUGUAAUUGUCUUUGUAGAUGCUCAAUUAUAUAUAUUAUUCAUUGUACCUACUGUGUUUGUACUAUGAAGGGUUCUGACGUUAUAGGUAUUUGAGUCUGGGGAAUGUUUGCUUUUACAUUGAUUAUAUAAAUUGUAAUAAGUUUUAUUUUUGUGAGUUAUUUAAAAAAAAAAAUAGUGUAUUGUUUCUGCAGCCAAA